GCCUAUAACAAUUUGAAGAAUCAUGGAUAACGAUGGCUUACCGAUUGUGGGACCAAAUGUAGAUUUUACGCAGGUAUUGUUGCUCUGACACUGUAAUCAUCUCUACAAUCACAGACAAAAGUAGUUGGGAACGUUGUACAACUUAACAGUAGUCCAUUUUAAUCCUGAAAAAAGAGAGUUUUCUCUUUUGCUAAAUAUCCCGCGUUCCCCCUAUUCAAUUUUGGGAUAUAACAGAACAAUUACGCACACAGACAUUAGCGUUUUGAUCAACAUCAACCUUCCCAACACUUUUGACGAUGAUUGUAGAUCUUGCACUGCCCCUAGCAAGAUUUACACUGCAAAUCUCAAAUCUGGAGAUUUUUCUUUGGUACUACAUCUUCCCUCAAAUAAACCUCAGAUCAAAGGGAGCUCUGGUACAAUAAUCCCCACAGGUUCUCUCUUACCUCUCUUGUGGCUUUGCAGCUCCAUUUUCAUUUAUUAAGCAGAAAAGAGAGAGAAAACGUUUGAGACCAGGGUAAGGCCAGUUUCAAACGUGGCGCUACUGUCGUGUUACUGUGCGAGCAGAGGCUACAUUUUCACUGUUUGAGUGGUUGUGCAAAAACUAGCGUCUGCAGACAACCGUUCAAUUUUCUAUCAUGCAUGCACGAAAUUCUUCACACGAUUCUCAAGCAAAAUUAAUUGUCAGGUCUGUCGUGAAAUGGCGCAAGUUUCGCAGUAAUAAAAAAUUAUGACAGCUCUUAUUUGCUACGCAAGACUCAUGCAAUGCUCUAAACCGGUCAAGAACAGGAAAAAACCCGUUUUUUAAUUUCUUUGUUGAGAUUUCUGGACAGAUUUGUUGGCAGAGGCUACAUGCCAGCUCACACAGCGAAAAUGUAGCCUCUGCUCGCAGGGUACUGCCGUGUCGAACUCAAAUGAAUUUGACCUGGCAGUUACAUGGCAAUAGCACAGGAGUGGUUUCAAACGUCAAAUUUAAUUCAGUUGUCUCGCCAAAUUUAAAAUAAAGAAAACAUCGCAAUCAGGCUCAGUAGAGUCAAAACACUUAAACAUAUAUGUUCAUAAUAAAUUUAAGAAUUGAGUUUGCAGGGGUUUCAAUAAGUUUUUGCAUAAGUGGGUACUUAAGAGUAACAGGUGGGUAUAUUUGCCAAAGGCCCCAAGGGCCUUCGACCCUAGGGGGGUCCGGGGGCAUGCUCCCCCAGAAAAUUUUGAAGUUCUAGACUCUCGCAGAUGCAUUUUCAGGUCUUUUUUUGUUGCUUUGUUUUUACAUUUUUUUGCUCCUAAGUCAACUUAUUUAAACAAAUUUGAAGAGAAUUAUGUUACAAUCAAGUAGUCAUAGUCAAAACCUAUUUUGCCAAAUUUUUGGGCAAGAAUUCAAAGCUGAGAUGAAAUUAUCUGGUCUUAGUUGACGUUCAUGUGAAGGCUCCAAGCGGGUAAUCAGCCCGUUGCAAGCGGGUAGAUCUACCCGCUACCCGGCUACUAUUGAAACCCCUGAGUUUGGGACAGCAAUAACGCGACGUUUGAAACUGAGCCAUUCCACUGCUGUGUAGCACAGCAGACCCUGUCGAAUUUGCUGUGUCAAACUAAAUUCAAGUUGCUGAACUGAAUGAUUUCAAACGCUGCGCAACUGCUGUGCCAAAGUUGAAUUAAAUCUAUCAAUAUUUUAUUGAAUUCAGCACGGAAGUACAGAUGUAGCAUGACAUUUGAAACCAGCCUAAGCAAGGUCUUGAACUCUCGAUGCGUGAACCAAGUAUCGUAAUCAAGCAUAUAAGAUCACCAGCAGAUUUAAGUGUUGGCCAGACCUGCACACCUUUUGAAUCUCCAAUUUCAUUGGUUGCCAUAACUUUACCUAGACUUCCUGUUGGUUUGAGGGGUCCUUGAUAUACUAUUUUGGGCAUCAACAUUUGAUAAAAAAGGAUUAGAAACUACUGGUACAAUAUUUUUUGAAAUGUGUAAUGUUUUGAAUUCUUUUUCAGGUUGGACCAAUUAACCACAAGAGAACCUUGGCAUUUCUCAAUCAUUUUAUUACACAUUCAGUCAGAUUCUUAAAUAGAUUUUCCUGUGUGUGUGAGGAGGUGAGUGAGCAUAGAUCAGGUUUAUAAUAAUAUUGUGAGGCAGGCAUUAAUGCAUUGAGUAAAGUUUAAACUCAUCAGUAACUACCAGUAAUGGAUGAGUGUGUCUGAAAGGUGACUGCAAGUCAAAGUCAAAUGGGGCCAAUAAUGUUAAGAGAACCAAAAUGACUUUGAAAAACAAUUGGCUUCCUGAGAAAACUUUAUGACAUUAAAAUAUCCAUAAGGUGUUAUAAUAGUCCAGUUUCGAGUUCGUUAUGACCGCUGAAUAAAAGAAGUGAAGACGCAUUGUACAGGCUUAGCCUCCAUCUGAAGUAAAUACAAAAUAAUGUAUAUUCACUAGGUUCUUUGCAUGACUUGAUCUCGUGAUCAACUUUCGGUAAACACAAAAACAUUUGAUUUUUGAAAAAUUUUGUUUGCACAAGCUGAAAGAGCAUAUUAAAAUUAGGUAACCUGAGAAGUUUCAACCGUAUGUCUCAAAAGUAGCGAUCGCAAUGGUCGUCGAAAGUUGCAAGCAUUUUUAUGAGAAAAACAACUUUUGCCAUGCAGUCAUGCUUGCAUGGUUUUCGAUACAAAUCCUUGUAAUUUCGAAAUUUUCAAAACUUUCAUGAAAUAUUUCCUUAAGGAUUACAGGCUCAAAUCUCCUUUUAAUUCAUAACAGGCAAUUUGAGCCCUUAAAUUUGUAAGAGAAAGAUUUAAAGACAGUUAUUUAAAGACAUACAAGCGUGACUGGGUGGCAAAAGUUUUUUUCCUCUUACAUAUGCUUCUAACUUUUGGUGGCCAUUAUUUUUCAAAUUUCAAACACUUACUUGCAGGAAUUUGUGAAGAUUUUACUUUAUAUUGAGGCUAAAUCUGUAUGAAUUAUGUGUCAUAAGUGUUUGUAUUCAGCAGUAGCUUUUAAUUUAAAACUGGACUUUUCCCUGGAAAAAAUUAAAUCUUGAAGGAUUCCUUUUUAGGAAGUACAAUAUUACUUCAAUCAGUCAGUCACAGUCAAUGGGGGGGGGAAUCCUCCAGCCAGCCCUAAUAUGGCUUCUUUCAUUUAAUUUUAGUUGUUAGUGAAUGAGUGCAUAGGCAUGUAACAAACAGCGAUUCCAAAGGGUUAAAGAUGAUACAUUUUGACUUAGAACUGCUGUUAUUAUAUUACAGAUAUCAUUUUUAGUAAUCAGUUUGGGCAAAGAAUGGAAGCAUUAAUUUCUACAAUAUACAUAAUCUUUUUAAAAUUUUAUAAUUCAUUAAUAUGGUUUUGUUUGGGACAUUACAGAAGUUAGCAGAAUUGUCAACUAAGAUACAAAGAAUUGAAAUAAUGAUGAGCAUCCUAGAAGCCAAGGUAGGUAUAGUAGAAAUAUUCGUUGAUCUCCCACAGAAGGAAUUUUGAUCCAAGCCCCUCCCUAGCUUGAACCCACAGGAAUUCCAGUUUACUUAAUUCAUGCUUCCCCUUUAAACUCAUUGACAAGAUGAGCUUGGGAGUGGAUGCCUUAAUUGGGAAGGGCCGGGGGUGCAAAAGGUAGCAUUGCCUUGGAGGUGACCAUAGCGUCAGUUACCAAGACCUGGUUCAAAUGCCGAACUUUUCAUGAGCCGAACCUAAUUCGAAUCAAGGCCGACCGAAACUAUUUAGACCACCUGAAUUAAUUCCAGCCGAACUAAAUUCAAAAGGUGAAAAAUGUUCAUUUUGGUCAAACUGCUUGUAAAAUACGUUAAUAAAUUAUUAUUUCUUUAUGCAUUAAGUUCGGUACAUGAAAAGUUCGGUGUCUGAAUCAAAGCCGUUCCAAAGUUGUUCCACAGUCAAAAUUCCUGGCUGGGCUAGGCGUGAAGAACAGCUGAGCCGUUUCAAAUUGAAAUAGGCGUUCCUAAUUGAUUCAGAAGCCGAACUUUUCGUAAUACUUAACUUUACUUAAUACUUAAUUACUUAAUUCAAUGUAUUAAGUUCGGCUGAUGAAAAAAACGGCAUCUGAACCAGGCCUAAGUGUUCGUUUAAUGCGCAAAACCUAUUUAUAGCAAGGAUUUACAAUGAUCUGCUAAAGGUGACAGUUUAAGAGAGAUGAAGCAAUAGCCAUUGGACGCACAUCAUAUUGUAGUACAUGCACAGCUGACAUUUUAAUGAGUUCAUGCGGGCAAACUGUCUUGUUGUCUUGUUUGAUGACUAAUGUUUUUUGUUUGUCUUAUACAGUUGGCGUCAAUUCCAGGCCUCGAGGAUGUGACAGUGUCAACACCUGCUCCAGCUCCAUCUGGUAGUGCAGCCUCCACUUCUGCCCAAGCAACAGCUCCACCUCCUCCUCCUUCUGACACACCACAAACAGCUGCUGAGGUAAACGACACAUUAUUAAUUUGUGUAAAAGCUGUAUGUUUAUGAUUGAUAAUAUAGUAAAUGUAAAUACAUAGUUGUUCUUUCACUGUCUCUUUUUUGUGAAUCUUAUUAGACAAUUAGAAAAGAAGACUGACAAUAAUAUUACUUUUAGUCGUAACAAUCUGUGUUGAGCAUGCAUUGGUGUUGACAAGCAAGAAUUUUCAUGCUUUAUCUCACUGAUAUUUUAAGACAUGUUUACGAUAUUUUCUUCACUGGCAUUUGUAAAAAUUAACCUUUGGCCAUAUGGUAUGAAUUCAAAAAGGUAUGGGUUUUUUUUCUGAUAAUAGUUGGAAAAAGUAUUUAUAUUGCUGAGGGCUCGGUGAUGAAAGGUCAGCAUUUUAAUCCUAACAGACAUGCAUGCUGGAAAAAUUUGGUUCUAAUAGUUUCAUCCAUGAAUGUAAGUGAUGGACAGGUUAAAUAAAACAGCAUUAUUUUUUAUGACACAGCAACUUACUUUCCUCACAAGAACAUGUCCACUAGUAGUAGAAAAUAGUAACAAUGUCAUAGAAGUUUCCCUUACUAUUAAACUGCAACUCCAGUCUACAUUUCUUCCACAGGGACCCCCUGCACCUCCCACAGAUCAACCAGGUUAG